UCUGCACCUGAAUACAGCAAAGAGGUAUUAUAAUAAAAUAAUUAUGCAAACAAUAAUUUGGUGACCUGGAACCACACUAUAACCAUUUAAAGUCUAACUACGUACUUACUAUUGUGCAUACACUAAAAUAGCAAUUUCUAAUAGGUGAAUGGCAGCUUGCAACACACCCUCAAAAUAAAUAGUGGCUAUGCUCGUACCGCUCUAAGGACGCUGCAGAUUUCUAAUAGGGCAGAACACAGAGGAGUUGUACAUAGACAAAAGCUGCAAACAGAUUUUCCCAAGCUGUUCGACCUAUCAAACUUUGACAGAUGGAAGACUUUCAGAAUUCGACAAAAACUAUGAGAAAAUAUGCUCAUUUUUUGUCAAAAAAUGGAACCCCUCUGUAAAACGUGUUGACUACACAAACACAUUUUCAGCUGACAAUUGGAAGGCUCUAGAAGACAGUGAGAAAGCAAAACACACAUUAACAAAGUGUGAAAUGUGCUACACAGAGCACGAGAGUCUACAAAAAUCUUUUUCUGGUAAACCACUGCACAUUCCCCCAAGCAUCUCUUUAAACCUACCCCCCAAACACUGAAGGGAGGCUUCACAAAAAGACAGGAGAAAGACUUUGGAAGGCAAGUUCUACAAGAUUUAGACACUGUUUGGCAGAAACGAUUUGGAGAAACUAUAAUAUCCUCAAUCCCCAAAAUACUACCUGAGGCCAAGCUGACCACAAAAAAUACGAACGGAGAAAAAAAGAAAAUUGAUCGACACAAAAAACGGACAAUUGUUAAAGAAAUUAACAGCCAUUAACAGCCAUUACGCACAAAAAACGACCAUGUCAGUUUUGGCAGAUCACUGUCUAGCUAUAACAGAAAAGAAUGGCACUGUCAUUUGAAACCCCACCUCAUCCAAAACGCCUGAAAUCGCAUUCCACAAAGGAAGAGAAUCUUUCAGUUCAAACAGAAAAAAUUCUUAAAGUGUUAGCCUGAAGAAACAAGGACGUGAAGCUGCACGAACCCUAGGGAUUUCCCAAUCAAAUGGAGCACUAAAAAACGGGUGCAACAUCGAUAGACUCGAACAAAACGAGAGCAACACUCUGUCUACACCCAAGUUUAGGCGUAGUAAAUCAAAGCUAUCAGGGGGAGAAAUUUCCAUACCAUGUCUACCAACAACUGAAAGCAUAUCUGCAGAAAAGAAAAAACUUAUCGAGUCAGGUACACUUUCACCAUGCACUCCCUACAAACUUACUAAAUCUGUAGUUACAAGUGAGGGUAAUAUUGAAAUCAAGGAAGUUGCAAUCUCUGGUCGCAAAAUACCCUUAAUCGAACUUCGACAACAACUGCCACGCGAAGUACAUGCGACUAACACCGAUGAGCCAUAUUGGGUAAAGAAGAAAUUGAACACUUCAUGAAUAAAGUGUUUAGAAUAAAUAAUUUUACAUGUACUUGCACAGAAUGUACUUGCACAGAGGCAGGAGCAGAACUAGGACCACUACUAGUACUACUUCUACAAGAGGUUGGAGAGGGAGAGGAAGAGGCAGAGCUAGGUCCACUACUUCUACAAGUGCUGCUCCUGGUUCCUGCCCUUGGACUCCCACCAUUCGAGACCAUCCACGAGUGGCUUUCACCCAAUCUGUUGGCCCACAGGAGUACCAGUAUCAGAUUCCCCCUUGGAGAUCUUUCUGCGGUUCUACACACCUGCAAUACUGCAAUACAUUGUUGAUGAGACAAAUCGGUAUGAUGAUGACCCCAUCUCAGCACCAAAAGUGGACACCUCUGACAGCUGCAGAGCUAAAGGCUCACAUGGGUUUCUGCAUGCUUAUGGGCAUAGUUCGACUACCGUCUAUUGAAGACUACUGGAAGAAAGAUACCCACUACCACUACUCACCCAUUGCCUCAAAAAUAUCACGAGAUCGUUUCCGAGAUAUUCGUCGCUACCUCCACUUCUGCGAUAACACCACUCUCCCAACUCCUGGCACACCCGGUAGCAAUCGCAUAGGUAAGGUACGUCCCCUCGUCAACAUGAUCACCGAGCGCUGUUCUGCGGCAUACAAGCUGGGCCGUGAUGUUGCCGUUGACGAGGCCAUGAUCAAAUUCCAAGGCAGAUCCUCACUGAAGCAGUACCUCCCCAACAAACCUGUGAAGAGAGGAAUCAAGGUGUGGGUGCUAGCAGACAGUCAAAACGGGUAUUUUUACAACAUGCAAGUAUAUACUGGGAGGGAACGCACAUAUCGAGUCGUUAGAGAUCUGUCAAAUUCUUUGAAGAACCUACACCAUCAUGUCUACUUUGACAAUUACUUCAAUUACUUCACAUCAGUCAAGCUCCUCGAAGAUCUGGAGGAAGACGGCAUAUACGCAUGUGGGACCGCUCGCUCUGACCGUAUUGGGUUGCCUCGUAUUUCUCUAAGGGGAGAAUACGAGAUACUCCAGAAGGACAAAGUCACCGGACAGCGUGAUGUCAACAGCAUCCAAUGCCACUGCCAUCACAUCGGGUCCAGCGAAGACUCAAGACAGGCGAGAGACUGGCCGUUCCAUGCCCACAGUGCGUAGAGGAUUAUAACUGCAUGAUGGGGGGAGUUGACAGCGGAGACCAGCAAAGGGGGUAUUUACGAAGUUUCAUAAAUUCUAUAUGUACAUCUACUCUUUCCUAAAGGACGUUUCUAUUACAAACAGUUAUAUACAUUACUCGCCCACCAAAACGCUGAAGUCAAUUGUAGCAUUCCGACAACAGCUGGCCAAAGAGCUCAUCGGAGACUACUGCUCCAAGAAGAGACUGAGCAUAUCACUUGCUGCUUCUCACAAGUCCCUGCCAUUGGCACACUUUCCGCUACACUACAAGGAUUUACAGAGAGGUCGCUGUCACCUAUGCAAGGCAAACAAACGGAGAAGAGACACAGCAUGGUUUUGUCAUCAGUGCCAAAAGUGGUUCUGCCACACAGGCAAUCCAACAACUGACUGUUUUAUGCUAUCGCACAAGAACAUUUAACUUUAUUUUAUAUAUAACCCUCACCUAACAUAACCUUCACCUAACAAUUAUGAGGCAUGAGUACUAGAAAUACAUGGGGGAAAAUUGAACAUCACAAGUCCACUAUGUACGUGUACACUAUACACUCUAAAAGACUCUAGCUAUUGCUCAAGUAUACUUUACACAAUCAGAAGCUAUCUAGGAAGGUGGAUAAGCAUAUUAGAUUAGCUCAAACAGUUUAUAAAGGCUAUAGUAGCUACAAGUACGAUCGCUAUACGCACAAAAACUUACCUCUGGAAUUGAUCCUUCCCUGUGGCCUUGGCUGGUUGACUGUUCAUUGGAAACCAGGAGAUCUUGACUGCUGUAGACUAGUUUGCUACGAAGUUGCCUAAAGAAAAGGGUUAUAGUUUCUAAGUUAUGCAUCUUUCUUUGCCAGAGGCGAAUGCUGAACAAAAAGAUAAAAUUGAAUAUCUAACCGUGUAGGCUACACGGGUCUGUAAACUUAUUCAGCAGUAUACUCUCCACAUACUGAGGCAUCUAGGUAGGUAUCUAAGCAUAGUACAUCAGCUAAGAAGGGCUUCACAAGCUACAAGUGUGAUCCUUAUACGCUUACCUCUAAAAUGAUCCUUCGCUG